CAGCGUCGUCGCGAUGUAGCCGGUGAUAUUUUCAGGUUGCACAAAACCGUGGAGACAGUAAUAUUUAACAGUGAAAUAUCACAUUCGUAGCUGGAUAAACAUGUCAACGAAACAAGUGACCUGCAGGUAUUUCCUCCAUGGUGUUUGUCGGGAGGGCAGCAGGUGCAUGUUCUCUCACGAUCUGGCCACAAGCAAACCUUCAACUAUCUGUAAAUACUACCAGAGAGGAGUGUGUGCUUAUGGAGACAGAUGCAGAUAUGAUCAUAUCAAACCUCCCGGCCGUGGCAGCGGCCCGUCGGUAGAGCAGUCAAACAGAGGCAGCAGUGCAGGAGCGUCAGCACCAGGACCCGGACCUCCAUCAAACACAAGCAAACAUGUUAAAAAACCACUGGUGCUGAGAGACAAGGCCCUGGGCUCUGACAGCAGAGCACGGCCGUUCGCUGGAGAGGGAGCAGAUGUAGGCGACUGUUGGGACUACAGAGAUGACAGGGAUGCUCACGGCAAACCUCACACCUACCUGGAUGCCAUCCGCUCUGGCCUGGAGAGUUCGGCCGCUGCCGGCCCAUAUCCUGACAUGGGUCAGCAGCCACAGCUCUGCCCUUACAUGGCGGCCGGACAGUGUCACUAUGGCGACAGCUGCCCGUAUAUUCACGGUGAUAUGUGUGAAAUAUGUCGGCUGCAGGUCUUGCACCCAAACGACCCUGAACAAAGAGCAGCACAUGAAAAGAUGUGUAUGACGGCCUUUGAGCUAGACAUGGAGAGAGCGUUCGCAGUGCAGCAGAGUCAGGACAAGCAGUGUAAGAUCUGUUUGGAUGUGGUGUACGAGAAGGCGUCUCCGUCCGAGCGGCGAUUUGGCAUCCUGUCCAGCUGCUGCCACACGUACUGCUUAAGCUGCAUCCGCCAGUGGCGCUGCGCCGAGCAGUUCAAGAACCAGAUCCGCAAGUCCUGUCCCGAAUGCCGCGUGGUGUCUGAAUUUGUCAUACCCAGCAUGUACUGGGUGGAAGACCAGGAGGAGAAGAAUCGUCUCAUUGAAGAGUUCAAGUCUGGAGUCAGUAAGAAGCCCUGUAAAUACUUUGAUCAGGGAAGAGGAACUUGUCCGUUUGGAGGAAAGUGUUUUUACAUGCAUGCGUAUGCUGAUGGGACACGAGCAGAACCCGACAAACCCCGCAAACAGCUGAGCGCAGAGGGGAACGUCCGGUUUCUGAACUCAGUGCGUCUGUGGGACUUCAUCGAGGAGCGUGAGCACCGCGGGACACCGCAGUACGAGGACGAGGUCAAUGAACUGGGCGAACUCUUCAUGCAGCUGUCAGGAGCCGGAGACCAGAGCGGCACGUCAGCUUCACAUUGAUCACAUGACUCAGACGCACUUACCUUAGGUACUGGGUGAAACAUCUGGGCAAUAAAUGUGUACUGACAGGUGAACGAUUUGAGACGACAUUUUACAAGUGGUAUGUUUUUGUGCUAAAGCAUUUAAUACAUCCAUAUGUAUAUGAAUCUAUAUUAAAGCACCUGUAUGGUAUCUGUAGGCUGCUAUAUUCUCCUGACCUGCAUUGGGAUUUUGCCAGAUUUUUUUAAUGUUAAGCCCAAAGAUGAAUGUGUGAUGAAGACAUGGGAACUAAAAAAUCUCUCUGGCACAUUUUCAAACGCACUCCAGUAGUGUAUGAAGUGUAUUACAGAAAUACUGUUAGGUGUAAAAAAUGAAAUGAAUAAAUAAAUAGUAAUCAUUACACUUAGUUCAAAUAACAUAUUCAUAACUUUAUAACUUUUGGGCAUCAUGCAAUAUUGCUGUGGUUUAAAAAAAAGUAACCAUUGACUUUGUCACCAGUGAAUAGACCUAUCUAUAUUUUUAGGAGCAUUUGGAUAUAGUUACUUCAUUUUGGACGCUGAAAUCAUAGUACUGAAUUCACUCAUCUGGUUUACUCUUGAAUCCGAUUAUGGGUUAUUAUAUUCCGUUUUCUGAAUUGUAUUGUUGAGUGACACUGGAACGAGUGUAAUAAACCAUUUAGUGACCGAG